AUGCAGAGCAGCUGGAUCGCAAUCAAGAGCUCCAAGAAUGUGGAAGUGAUGUCAAGCUCGGUGGCGUCUUAUGGUGGUUCCGUGGGCGAAGGGAUAUUCUCGCAAACGGCAGACCUGGCCAUGCUUUCGCCGGUUUUGGGCCAGCGAUUCAGGCGCAAGCUGAUGGCUUACCUACGAGCCCAAGACUUCGUAAGUUAUCGGGUGUUGCUCAACCUGCACAAUUUCCACAUGCGGGGGCUGCCGGUUGACGAGGUGUUUGAUCCUCCCGGUUUCGACCCUGAUGCGUUCAGCUCCGAAGGGUUCAAUCACAGCCUGGAGACCCAGGCUGUAGCCCGCUUCCUCCACCAGAACGGCUUGAAAAAUGUCCGGCAGGUGGACGAAGGAGGGUGGACACCUUUGUGCUACGCUGCCAUGAAUGGUGACCCCGUUCUCGUGCGGGGCUUGCUGCAGCAGAGGGCAAAUCCAAACGAUCAGACCAAAAAGCAGCAGAAGAUGGUGGGUUUAUUUCCCCGAAUCUCGGCACUGGCCCUUUGCGCUUUCUUCCGGAACCACGAAGCAAUGCGCCUUCUGAUUGAUGCGGGGGCCAGCAUCUCUUCUGGUUGGGAGCCACCCAUGUGCACCGCUGCUUGGGCAAAUUGCCCCACCAGCAUCCGCAUCCUUUGUGAAGCAGGGGCAAACGCGAUGGUGCCGGAUGUCUUGGGCCUUCCCGCUUUGCAACAUGCAACAGGAUUUGGCUCUGUGGAAGCUUUUCAGGAGAUCUGUGCCCAAGCCUCCAACGCGGCAGACUUAUCCUACGCCCUGCACUGGGCUAUGCUUUUUCGAGGAGGUGAUUGUCCACCUCCCCUAAACAUCCCCUUCAGCCUAGGCUCCGCGCGAAUGGUUGGGGCACUGGUCGACGCCAAAGCCGACCUCAACGAGCAGCUGAAGUUGUCCACGAGGUUCGCCUACCACGCCAACGGUGCCACGCCCCUGAUGAUCGCAUUGAUCGCCGGGCAGUAUGAGGGUGCAGCCGCCCUCAUCCAGGUGGGUGCUGACGUCGGACUGCAAAAUGCUCGCGGAGCGCUGCCUGUGGACCUGGCCAGGGAGCUGGCAGCCCCCUCCUUUCUCAUCCGGGCACUGGAGGAAAGGACAAAUCCAUGCAGGUUGGCAGAGCCCUCUUUCGAGGAGGAUGAGAUGAUAGAAGUGCACUUGUAG